UCAUGCAACAGACAGCCUACACAUUUCAGUUCUUUAAACGUAGUUUCGAGAACUGCACUGCUGACAGACUCACAGGCUUUUUUUUGAGAGAAGAGCAAGCUAUAAAUCAUGGUGAACUUCAGUGCAGCGAGGAACCACACAAACAUACCUGUAGCGCUCAGUUACUUUGAACGUGUGGUCUACCCACCUGUCUUCAUAGUGGGCCUUUUCUUCAACAUCACGGCUCUGUAUAUCUUCUGCCGCCUCAAACGCUGGACAGACACGCACAUCUACAUGUUCAAUCUACUGAUGGCCGAUUUCCUAGCCAUUAUUUUUCUACCUUUCAGGAUACUGGAAGCUUUUCAACCGAUUGAACUCAGCGAGCUGUGUACAUUCCUACUGUGCACCCAAUACUCCAACAUGUACAGCAGCAUCUUCACCAUUACAGCCAUCAGCAUUCACAGAUUCAUAGCCGUCAGGUUUCCGUUUCUGACCAAAGCACUGGCCUCCAAAAGUAAGAUGAUCGCCAUUUCAAAGUGCAUCUUCAUCUGGACGAUCAUAGUGGUCAUCUGUGCUUGUCACUAUGAAGACCUUCUCACAGACAAAUUGCAGACCUGCUAUGACCGAAAACUAACAACAAAGCUUAAUAGAACCUUUUUCUUGCUUUUAGAGAUUUUAGGUUAUCUUAUUCCAGUGCUCAUCGUCAUACUUUGCUCCACACAAACCAUCUACAUCUUGAUCAGAUCCCUUAAGCAUGUCCAAGGCAGAGAUAAAGUGGAAAGGAAAAACAUUGCCGCUAUCAUCACUGCAAACAUGUUCACAUUCAUAGUUUGCUUCACGCCCGUUCAUAUUGGUCUUUUGUUGCAAUAUGUAUUAAAUGUUUCAUCUGAAGACUUUGUGCACGUGUUUCUUGAUGUCGCCGAGUGGAUUGCUACUACCAACUGCUGUCUGGAUUCGAUUGGCUAUUACUUUCUGCUGAAAAGAGUUAUAAAAGGGACAAUGGUUCAUACUGAAUGUAAAAAGUUAGCCAGAGUAAGUUGAUCUAGAUUAGAUUGAAGCAGAAUCCCAUCAUAUGUGAGGAACACAGUUUAACAAAGCUUGGUCUACAACUGACAACACUGGUGUUAUCAUGGUUACAAGAUUUGAUUUUGUUGGAAAUAUCAUAAUAUUAAAAGUACAAUUUAAAUACUUUGUUGCACAAAUAAAGUAAUCGCAUAAGUAUGCUAUGGCACCACCAGAUUAUAUUCCUGCUUUUACUGUGUCUUUUCAAAAAAAAAAA